UGUUCGAAAAAUGGUGAGAAACGCCGUGUAUGGGCCGAGGUUGCGCAAAAGAGUGUUUGAACUUGAUUGAGUUAGAGGCGCCAUUUGUCCGAGAAAAGCGGGAUGGAAAACAGUCUGGAAGUUCGAGAGGAUGUGGAGGCUGGGAGCGAGAGCGGAUGCAAGUACAUUUUAUUGAUUGGGGGAGUGCUGUCGGGACUUGGAAAGGGGACGAUUGCGAGUUCCAUUGGUCGUCUUUUUCGGUCUCACAACUUCAGCGUGACGGCGAUCAAGAUAGACCCUUAUUUGAACAUCGACGCAGGGACGAUGAGUCCGUUCGAGCACGGCGAGGUGUUCGUGCUGAACGACGGGACGGAGGUCGAUUUGGAUCUGGGGAACUACGAGAGGUUUUUGGACGUGCAGUUGAACCGGGACAACAACAUUACGACGGGGAAGAUAUACGACAUCGUGAUUAAGAAGGAGAGAAAGGGGCUGUACUUGGGGAAGACGGUGCAGGUGGUGCCGCACAUUUGCAACGAGAUUCAGGACUGGAUAUUGCGGGUGUCUCGGCAGCGGUUGCCGGAGAUGGAGGCGGAUCCGGAGAUAUGUUUGAUUGAGUUGGGGGGGACGGUGGGGGACAUUGAGUCGAUGCCGUUUAUAGAGGCGAUGAGGCAGUUUCAGUUUCGAGUUGGGCGUUCGAAUUUGUGCGUGAUACACGUGUCGCUGGUGCCGGUGAUAGGGACGGCGGGAGAGCAGAAGACGAAGCCCACGCAGCAGUCGGUGCAGCAGUUGAGGGCGCUUGGGUUGUCGCCCGACAUAAUAUUGUGCCGGAGCACGAAGCCGAUGAACGCCGAGGCGAGGUUGAAGAUUUCGAAUUUUUGUCACGUGAGUUAUGAGUCGGUGUUGGGUUUGCAUGACGUGUCAAACUUGUACCGGAUACCGCAGUUGUUGUACGACCAGAGGAUAUUCACGUUGCUGCACAGGUACUUGAACAUACCGAUGAGGAAGGCGGUGGACUUCGACCAGUGGAUUGAGUUGGCGGACACGGUGGACAGGUUGUCGGGGAGGUCCGAUUUGGUGGUGAGGGUGGCGAUGGUGGGGAAGUACACGGAGUUGGAGGACGCGUACAUAUCGGUGUGCAGGGCGUUGAAGCACGCGUGCUACUGGUUGAAGUUGAGGGUGGAGGUGGAUUACGUGGAGGCGUCGGAGCUCGAGUCGGCGGAGAGCGCGAGUUACGAGAGGUAUUGGGGGUUGGUGAGGGGGGCGGACGCGAUAAUAGUGCCCGGUGGGUUUGGGGACCGAGGGAUAGAGGGGAAGGUGCUGGCGGCGAGGUAUGCGAGGGAGUCGAACAAGCCGUACUUGGGGAUAUGUUUGGGGAUGCAGGUGUCGGUGAUAGAGUACGCGAGGUCGGUGUUGGGGUGGGAGGACGCGAAUUCGGAGGAGUUUGCGCAGAACAUAGAGCACCCGGUGAUUGUUUUCAUGCCGGAGAUUUCGAAGGUGCAGAUGGGGGGGACGAUGAGGCUUGGGAAGAGGAGGACGUAUUUCAGGAACAAGAGGAGUUUGAUAUAUAGUUUGUACAGGAGGUGUUUUGGAGGGGAGUUGGAUUGGGUGGACGAGAGGCACCGGCACAGGUAUGAGGUGAAUUUGAAGUUUACGGAGGCGUUGUCGAGGGGGGGGAUGGAUUUCGUGGGACAGGACGAGACGGGAGAGAGGCAGGAGAUGGUGGAGAUUCCAGGACACAAGUUUUACGUGGGGGUGCAGUACCACCCAGAGUUUUUGAGCAGACCGAACAGGCCGUCGCCGUUGUUUUACGGGUUGAUGAUGGCGGCGUCGAACAGGUUGGGAGAGGUUUGGGGGGAGGCCAAGGAGUGAAAGGUGGAUAAAAAAAAAGAGAGAGAGAGAGAAAAAAAAAGAGUGGAAAAAAAAAAGGGUGGAAAAAAAAAAG